GCUCAAGUCUGCUCCCGACUCUGGUCCCUUGAAGAGCGCAGCUCAUCUCACAGCAAGCUCGAACGAAAACAUGAAGAGGUCUCAAGAUCUCUCGCCCCUUGUAGAACAAGGGUCGUCGUCCGCAUUUCCAGCGCCGAAGAAGUUCAAAGCGGCUGCUCGCGUCUCGCAUGGCAUCAGCGUACUUGCACCCGAACACUCCACCAGCACUGCUAUGGAGAAUGGCGACGGCGAGUGGACGAGGGUAGAGAAGCGCAAGACGAAGAAAGCGAAGAAGACGGAGGCGAAGACUGAAGCGAACCCACCCAAGUUCAUGUAUGCAAAGGGAGAGAUUUUGAAAAGGAGAGAGGCAGUUGGGAUCAGCGACAUUCGAGAGUUGGUCUUGCAUCUGUCCGCGGACGCGCCUCCGUCGAGCUGGGUGAGGAUAGAGAACCCACGAUCGGUGCAGAAAGUUGUCGCGAUCCUGGUUCCGGGUAUUACCCCAGAGAUCAUCUCACUGCCGCCUUUGCCUACUUCCGCGACUGCGAACCCAAACCUUCCUCUACCUGUUCCAUUACCCUCAGAGGGUCCGGUUGAGGGUUCGUCAACUGGCCUACCCUUCAUCGGACGGACGUUCAGUCAUGCAUGCCCGACUCGGGCGCCCGGUGACCAAACUCGCAUGCACUCCGUGCUCAACACAUUUUUCCAAGGCCCUAUGACGGGCGAGGAGAAGAAAAGGCGGCUCAUUGAGCGCGUCAGCUCAGAGCGCGCUUGGGAGAAGACACCAAUGCGCUAUAUCCUCUCCACCGAGCAGAUGAUCGAGAACGACUAUCCUCCACCUGGGUUCCUAGAGACGCCGCAGCCGUUGGCCUCGACGGAGUCGCAGGGCAAGCAAUCGAGGAUAUACGCCAUCGAUUGUGAGAUGUGUGUAACAGAGGACGGGAAGGAACUCACGCGGGUGUGUAUCAUCGACUACGAGGCGGACAUAGUGGUGUACGACCAGCUUGUCAAACCGUCCAAACCCAUCCAAGACUAUCUUACGCGAUGGUCAGGGAUCACCGCCGAAGCGCUCGACCCUGUGACAACAACCUUUGAAGAGGUGCAGACACAUAUCAUCAACUUACUGUCUUCUGACCUGAAAGCGCUCAAAAUUUGCCAUCCGCUCUGCAUCGAUACCUCCGUCAUCUACAACCACCCACGCGGGCGGCCAUUCAAGCCUGGCCUAGCCUGGCUCACGAAGAAGUGGUGUGGACGGGAGAUCCAGAACCGAGGCGAGGGUGGACACGAUCCGGAGGAAGACGCGCGAGCAUGUGUAGAUCUGCUCAAAAAGAAGCUCAACAACGGUCCGGGCUUUGGCGAGUUCAAGAUCGACAUGGAGUCCAUUGUCGAGCGCAUGAGCAGGUCGCGAUCUGGGGCGAUCACUACAGCCAUUGUUGACCACGGCAACCCCACUGCGUGGCAUGGCAACAAGGCGACCACCACCAUCACCUGCCAGAGUGAUGAAGAGGUCCUCGAAGGCUUGCUGGGCUCCAUACCUUCACAUUACUUCGUGUUCGGCCGAUUCACUAGCCUUGCCAGGGCGCGCGGAUGGGUCACGCCCAAGACAGGGGUUGACUCGAUUCCCGACUCCGACCCGACUCCCGCAACUCCUGCUGACAUGAAUGAAGUCCUCUCCACGCUGAACUCCCACCUGGUGAGGCUGUACGCUGCGCUUCCACCACGCACGGCGGUCAUCAUAUUCACGGGCCACUCGGAUCCCCGACGGAUGUCCGAACUGAACGCACGCAAGAGCACGUUCGAGACGGCGUUGAGGCAGGGGAAGAGCCUGGAUGAUAUCGGGAAGGAAAGUUGGUGGACGACAGUGGACGGGAGGGAGCUUGAGGAGGAGGUGGAGAAAGCGAAGAGGGGGCUGUUGUUCCUAGGUGUAAAGGAGUCUUCGUAAAUGACAUGAUAGUCUCCUGGUC